AUGGCAACAGGUGGCCUGGCCAAAGCUGCUGGCCACCCCAGCCAGCUGGAUAUCAGCCUCUCAAACGAUGGACGUGGAGUUUUGGAGCUGGCUUCCCGGGCUGGCUGGCGUGCAGCCGGGAUCAGUUCAGCCCCGCUUUGGCGCAAUCCAGCUCGGGCCCAGGCGCUGACCUCGCCAGCCGCGCUCGGGCGCUGCUUCUGCCAUCAUCCCGCAGCCUGGGACAGGCGGGACACGGGUAGACCUGUCGGUGCCGAGAGCGGCCGCAGCGGAGGGCGAGCCGGGGCCGGCAUCGCGCACAAAGCACCGGGCGCGGAGCCGGCAGCCCCCCGCCGCCCGAGGCCCCCCGCGGUCCGCCCCAACCCCGCCCCGGCCGGCCCGCCUCGGCCCCGCCUCCCCGAGCCAGCAACUUCCCCGUCUCCGAGACGGGCGCGGAGCCCCAGCAGCUCCGAUGGGAGGCGGCGGAGGCGCCCGUGGGGAUGCGGCGGAUCGAGCCGGCGGGAGGCGCAGCGCCGGGUAGAGCGGGAGCGCGCAGCCGCCUCCGCCGGGCGCCCCCAGCCCGCCGGGAGCCCCCGCGCCUCCGGGGCUCGGCCGCGGCCUAAUCCGGGCGGCGGCGCUGCUGAGCACAAGUGCCGCCGGGGUCCCCGCGCCGCCUCCCUCCGCUCUCCUCGGGCCGCAGCUCCAGGCCGCCGCCGGCACUCCUCUCUUCUGCCGUCCCGCCCUUCCGAGCCGGGCGGGAGCGGCCGCCGCGCCGGCUGA